CUUAAAUUCGAUAGGCAGAGGGCAUGGGGGUGGGGGAAGGUAUGCGAGCCUCAGACCUUUAGAUUACAGGAUUUACGUGCUGUGGAAGCGCUUUAUCUGGUUGCGGCACAUUUUUGUCUUUUAGGUAAUUUUCAUAAAAAAUCAACAGCAGUAUUUGUGGAUGUGCUGUGCGUGCUUUACUUCAUUAUUUGUAAAAGCUUUGUCGUAUAAUGAGAGUUCCCAGUCCUGCAUCGAUAUGUGCUGUUUUUCUUCUGGUGCGAGGAUUUUUUUGCCAAGGACAAGAUACUAAAUCAACCAAUCCCUGUUGUCAUUUCCCUUGCCAGAACUGGGGUGUGUGUGUGAGGUUUGGCAUAGACAGAUACGAAUGUGACUGUACUCGCACUGGUUACUAUGGAGAAAAUUGCACUAUUCCAGAGUUCUGGUCCAGAGUUCAGCAGCUGCUGAAACCCAGCCCUGAUGUACUGCACUACAUCCUCACCCAUUUCAAGUGGCUGUGGGACAUGAUCAACCAGACAUUCCUCCGUAACAUGCUGAUACGCUUGGUCCUCCAAGUAAGGUCCAGUUUGAUCCCCAGCCCCCCAACCUACAACUCUAAGUAUGAUUACUUGAACUGGGAGUCAUAUUCCAAUGCCACUUACUACACUAGAAUCCUGCCUCCAGUGCCUGAGGAUUGUCCAACACCCAUGGGGGUCAAAGGAAAAGCAGCACUUCCAGAUCCUGAGGUUCUGGUGGAGAAGUUUCUACUGAGGAAGAAGUUCAGACCAGAUCCACAGGGAACCAACCUGAUGUUUGCUUUCUUUGCCCAGCACUUCACCCAUCAGUUUUUCAAGACCCACAACCGUGUGGGACUGGGCUUCACCAAGGCCCUGGGACAUGGAGUGGACGCCGGGCAUAUUUAUGGUGAUAAUCUGGCUCGCCAGCUCAGACUCCGUCUUCACAAAGAUGGGAAACUGAAAUACCAGAUGAUUCAUGGUGAGAUGUACCUUCCGACGGUGGCUCAGGCCCCCGCGAAGAUGAGCUACCCAGAGAACGUCCCCGCCAAGCAGAGGCUGGCCAUUGGCCAGGAGGUGUUCGGCCUUCUCCCAGGACUGACCAUGUACGCCACGCUCUGGCUGCGAGAGCACAACCGCAUCUGCGACAUCCUGAAGGCCGAGCACCCCACCUGGGGUGAUGAGCAGCUCUUCCAGACCGCACGUCUUAUCAUCAUCGGUGAGACCAUCAAGAUCGUGAUUGAGGAAUAUGUCCAGCACCUCAGUGGCUACCUGCUAAAGCUGAAGUUUGACCCGACCCUAAUUUUCGGUACCCCGUUCCAGUACGGGAAUCGCGUCUCCAUAGAGUUCUCUCAGCUGUACCAUUGGCACCCAUUAAUGCCGGAUAGUUUCCAUAUCAACGGAGAUGAAAUUCCUUACCAGCAGUUCCUCUUCAACACCUCCAUUAUCACAUACUACGGUCUGGAGAAGCUGGUGGAGGCAUUUUCGAAGCAGCGUGCUGGCCAGAUAGGUGGUGGUCACAAUAUCCAUCAGGUGACGGCCAAGGUGGCUGUGAGCACCAUUAAAGAGUCCAGACACUUACGUUUCCAGUCCUUCAACCAGUAUAGGAAGAGGUUCAAGCUGAAGCCAUACACAUCUUUCGAGGAGUUUACUGGUGAGAAGAUUAUGUCUCGGGAGCUGGAGGAACUCUAUGGCGACAUCGACGCCCUGGAGUUCUACCCUGCUCUGCUGCUGGAGAAGACGCGACCUGGGACAAUAUUUGGCCAGAGCAUGGUGGAGAUGGGGUCUCCGUUCUCCUUGAAGGGGCUCUUGGGAAACCCCAUAUGCUCCCCGGAAUACUGGAAGCCCAGCACCUUUGGCGGGCAGACGGGAUUUGACAUUGUGAAAUCUGCCAGUCUGGAGAAGUUGGUCUGUCUCAACACCAAGAAGUGUCCUUAUGUAGCGUUCCACGUUCCAUCAGCUAAUGACGACCAGCAGCAAAAUGAACCGAAGCAGCAGACUGAGUGGGUUACCAUGACGACACUGGAUGACAAACUGUUGGGGGAGAAGCUGCAGUAUUAUUACAGCAGCAGUGAGGACGAGGACAGCGACAAAGAGGAUGAGGCUGCGGAGGACAAGAACAUCCGUAACCCAGAAGUGCUGGAGGCAGAGUAUACGCAGGAUGGCAGCGCUAUCAACACAGGGCCCAAAGGCGUCAUCAAUGACUGGAGGAAGUACAAGCAGCUGGAGACGGAGCAACGGCAGGAGCAGAAGAAGGAGAUGGAGCUGCUUAUUCAGAAGCUGUCCAUGACGUGCCGCUCACACCUGGAUGACGAGCGUGAGAAGGAGAAGCAGAGGGAGCUCCAGGAGAAGAUCAAUGGCAAGAUGACCCUGCAGGAGUACAGCCAGCUCCGGGAGGACGUGGACGAUGAAGACUUCCUGGCUCAGUACCGCAAACAGCGUAUGGACGAGAUGAGGCGUCAGCUGUGCAGUGGGAAACGCUUCGGCCGCGUGACCGAGCUCAGCUGCGGGGAGGAGUUCCUGGAUGCCGUGGACAAGGAGGGAAAGGCCACUCCGGUGAUGAUCCACAUCUACGAGGCAGACGUGCCCGGAUGCGAAGCCAUGGAUGGCAGCAUGCUCUGCCUGGCACAGGAGUACCCGCUCGUCAAGUUCUGCCGCACGCGCAGCUCCGUCGUGGGCGCCAGCGCGCUUUUCACGGGGAACGCCCUCCCCGCCUUGCUGGUGUACCGGGGAGGCGAGCUCAUCGGGAACUUCGUCCGCAUCACGGACCAGCUGGGCGAUGACUUCUUUGCCGUGGAUGUGGAGGCCCUGCUGCAGGAGUACGGGCUGCUGCCUGACAAGGCGGCCAUGACCCCCACAGCCAUCCGCGACGCUGCCGUCGCUCAGCACUCCCAGAGUGACGAGGAUGACAGUGACCUGGAUAUCGACUAACUUGUCCCCCCCCCCCAUGCAUGCCUGCAUUAGCAAGCCCCACCAGAAUAUAGAUAUGUCUCCCUGUUCUCUUCAGAACAUCCAAUACCACCUAUUCUGAUGUACCACAUGACUCAGCCCCUAGAAGCAUCUGUCCCUUUUGCCUUGAAGGACCUAGUCAAACUAAAAUGUGCACCUCAGUGCUGCAUGAAUAUUUAAAUGUCCCGGGUCAAAGGUCAAGCUGUGUCGUUCCAUUCUUCACCCAUAGGGCAGAUUCAAGAAGGGUUAUGAUUCCUGGUCUUUUUGUUUUUUUCUGUUUAAAGGAUAAAUGGAUAGUAAAUUAUUGUGAAUCUUUUCUCCCCAUGUUCUACACUGUUAGCAAUUUUUUUCUUACAUCUUGUUUGGUCUUAGUUAGCAUUUAGUUAUUAACGUUUUGCUUGAGGCGGCUUAUCUGACAAUUUUAUGUAUUCAGCCAUCCUACAAGUGGUGAACAACAAAGACUUCCUUCACAGUCUAUGCACAAACAGCCUUACUGUUCUGUACAGAAAACAUGUCAGAUCUUUCCUUUGGUAGCCUGGAGUUAUUGUAAAAUGAAAAGGCCCAAAAUCACAGAGUGAGGCAGGUUCUGGGCGGCAUGGAUUUAACCUAAAGGAGGUGGAUCAAACCGUUCUGCGUUUCUCUGGGCACCCUAUGCUAAGCUAACACUUUCAUAUUACUUCAAAACCGUUACACAUAACCAAGUUUAAAGGAACUAUUUACUGUUUCUUGGAACAAAAGGCAGCUUGUUUACACAUUUUUGGAAACUACAGAUGCCCUGCCCCUCCCCAGUAAUAGUUGUAAAAACCACACAUAAAUAUUAUUGUCGCAAACUACAAACCAGCACAUUGGCUAACCUGUGUUAGGUUAACAUGCAUGUUAUGUUGCAGUGUCGUUUCCAGCCUGAGGGUGGAGUUUCCACUUUAACUUCUGCAUGGCUUUAGCAUGGUUUCCCAUCAGGUCCUCGUGGAACGGUUCAUGUUUUUACUCCCUGCCAGACUACACUUUUUUGCUAGGGAGCUGGGGGGGAGCAAAAAUGUGGACCGUCUGGAGAUCCCUGAGGAGCAGGUGGGGAAACACUGCUUUAGUGUACAUCUAGACGGUCCUUUCCAGCAGUUGCAUCAUUGCUAGAAAAAGGUCUGUGAACACAAAUUAACUACCAAGGGAAACCGCUAAAAAUCCAGGCUUGCAUGUAUGACGCCCCCUUGGCUGUCUCAGUGAUGGACCAAAUCAUCACUUCUUAAUGCAAGAAAUGAUGUUCUAUUCUAUUUGUUACUGGACAGGAAUUGACUUGCUUCACACUGACGUUCACUGUAGCUGUUUUUACACGUUGGCAUAAUUCUUGGUGUCUUUGUUUUCCAUGGUAACUGCAGGCACAUCACACUCUCAGUUAUAUACAUUUUAUGCGUCUGGUAAAUUUGAAUUCUCAAACUGCAAAUACAAGAAGCAAGGCCUGUAUUUUGUACAUCUUUUUAUACUGUAAUGUUUUCUUUGUGUGUCUAAAAGCUGCUGUUCACAGUCUAACAUCGUAUUAAAUUUGUUUGCAAA